UGCCAACUAACAAUAAAGAAGAAGAAGCACCGCAAAAAUUCGUGCAAUUGUUUUCGCAACCUACGUAAAUUAUUAGUAUCUUAGAUAGCGCAUUAGUUUAACAAUUACUAACACUUCUGCGAAAAUGGAUAUGCAAAAGUAUACUUUGCAAUCGAUACGCCAAGAUUUGAUUGAUAACAAUUUACAAGUCAAAGCAAUAAUUCAGGAUAUAUUAACAUAUCGUGGUAAUAUCCAUGAAUUGGAGGCACUAAAUGAAGCUGGACGUGCCAAAUUGGCCGCACUACGCAAAAGUAUUCAACAUCUCGACGAUUGGGCACGCGACACAGGCGAUGCUGAGCUGUCCAAAGAGGUGGACUCCCAUAGAGAUCAAUUUUCAAAGACUCUACAAGCCUUUCGCAAAGCCAAUAUUUCCACUCGCAUCGUAAUUGAAAAGGCUAAUCGGGAGGAGCUAAUGGCCAUAACAGGUGAAACUGAUUUGCGACAAAGGUCGUCUGCGGCAGUAUCAAGUCAUAAUCGCGGUAGUUUAGUGUCACAAGAGAACAAUGUGACUGAGAAGAUGUUAGCCAUAUCACGGCACUUGUCGGAAACAACACAAAAGAGUGCUGUUACACUGGAAACUUUGGUGGCGUCAUCGCAAAACGUAGAAUCUACGCGUGAUGAACUACACAACACGGCCGGUUCGAUUUCGCAGUCAGGGAAGUUACUGAAAAAGUAUGGACGACGGGAGUGCACAGAUAAAAUGUUGCUCUUCUUUGCAUUUGUCUUUUUCCUGGCUUGUGUGUUUUAUAUUGUUCAAAAACGACUGUUCUAGAUGACGUCAUGCUCUAAUAACCUUUGUGGAAGGCAGGAGAUGGUUCGGACGGGUCUAUGUAAAGUGUUUGUUUAGGGAAUUUCUAUUUAAGGCAAUGUACAGCAAAAUAUAGGUUCGUAGUUUAAUGUGGAGAAGCUUUUCUAAAUGGGUGAGAAUUUAAGCCAAACCGUAGUGUUAUUUAAUAUAUAUAUAUAUAUAUAUAUAUGCAUAUAUAAUUUAUUUUUUAUAUUUUAUAAAAUUAAUUAGCAAAUUUUCCAUGCUAUUGUUCGCAUUUAAGCUUGAUUUAGGUAAUUCAAAUAGUUAUAAUAGUAAUAAAAAUAUAACUUACGGGUGGUUAAAUACGUUUUCUGCCACUUUUAUUUAGGCUAUAAUUUUUGAGCGAAAAUUUUAAAUAGAAAAAAUAACAAAAUGUCAAUAGAUUUUUACUGACUACAAUGGACAAAACAAGCUUGUAAAGGCAGUGAAAUAACGAAUUAUAAAAGAUGUGUGCCGGAUUCACCCUUUAAAUAAAAUUAUAAGAUAUUGUAAACAUAAUUAAAAUCUUUAAACUAGCCCACUAAAAUACUCGUUUGUGUUUUAUAAUAGACACGAAAAAUUAUAAUUAUUAUUAUAAAGACACCUUAGCACAUG